UUCUUAUUCCGGUCCAAUUCCGAUCCAGCAAUAAUACUUGAAUCGCCCUUCAUCUUCCUCCUCAUCGCCUUCCUUCUACCCCGAAUUCAUCGAUGCCUUCGUUACGGUGUCUGUGCGGUUAGAACGUUCAGGAUCUUCUCACUUCACAAAAGCUUGCCCUAGCAGCAACAACAUCAUAUCAUGUCCACAAAACGAAUCAUAACGGUAUGUCAGUCUGGUGGAGAGUUCACGACAGAUGAAUCUGGGUCUCUAUCAUACAGCGGGGGUGUGGCUUACGCAGUGGAUAUUAAUCAAGAAACAAAAUUAAAAAGCUUCAAGAAGGAACUAGCUGAAGCGUUUAGCUGUACUCUCGAUCGCAUAUCCAUUAAUUAUUUCCUUCCUGGAAACAAUAAGAUCCUUACAUCAAUCUCCAAAGAUAAAGACCUGGAAUCUAUGGUAAACUCAUUCCAGGACUCCGACCAAGUCGAUGUCUUUGUCACACUAGAGGAAUCAAAAAAGGCGGCCAAGAAAUCAAAGAAUGCAGCCAUAGCAGAAGAUACAGUUCUGCCUGAAACAUCGCCACAUGGCACUAUUGUUGACAUAGAUGUUGGCGAAAACGACACUAUAGUCGACAUAGAUGCUGGUGGCAUCAUUGAACCGGGAAAUGAAAUUAUCGGUGUUGGUCAAAGAUUCCGUAGUUUUGUGGAAUUUCGUGAAGCUUUGCUCAAGUACUCAAUUGCUCAUGGUUUUAUUUACCGAUAUAAGAAAAACGAUAGCUAUCGAAUAAGUGCGAAAUGCAAAUAUGAAGGUUGUCCAUGGAGGAUAUACGCGUCUAAGUUAGCAUCCACAAAGUUGUUUUGCAUAAAGAAAAUGAGCGCGAUUCAUACGUGCGAACGGGCGGAUUCGCGAACCGGUUAUAGGGCGUCUAAGGGUUGGGUAGGAAGUAUAGUGAAGGAGAAGCUUAAGAACUCGUCCCAUUUCAAGCCAAAGGAUAUCGCGACGAUCAUUGAGAAGGAAUACGGAGUGGUCUUGAACGCGGCUCAAGCCAACCGCGCAAAAUUGCUGGCGAAGGACGAGCUUCUACGCUCGCACGAAGACGCGUAUAACCAACUCCCUUUCUUGUGCGAAAAGAUAUUGGAUUCAAACCCUGGAAGCAUCGCGGCGUUGGCGACUCGAGAGAACUCAAGCUUCCUCGGAGUUUUUGUUUCUUUUCACGCCUCGAUCUCUGGUUUCCAACAAGGUUGCCGUCCUCUUCUCUUCCUUGAUAGCAUUCCUCUGCGCUCGAAAUACCAAGGGGUGCUCAUAGUCGCCUCGGCUGCCGACGGUGACGACGGAAUCUUUCCGAUUGCGUUCUCGGUCGUAGACGUGGACACGGACGAGAACUGGCAUUGGUUUCUCAUGGAACUAAAAUCGGCCUUAUCCGCAUCCCAACCUAUCACAUUCAUCGCGGGUUUUCGCCGCGGAAUUAGAGAAGCCCUAAGCUCAAUAUUUGUAGAUUGCCUACACGGGUUUUGCCUACGACAUCUAACCGAGAAACUCAAUCAAGAUGUAAAGACUCUCCCACACGAGACCCGACAAAUCGUGAACCAAUAUCUUUAUAGUGCGGCUUACGCCCCGAACAUGGAGGUCUUUCAACUAUGGAUCGAGAAGAUCGAGGCGAUAUCGCACGAAGUUUACGAUUGGGUUAUUCAUAGCGAGGUUCAUCAUUGGGCCAACGCUUUCUUCGCGGGUGCGCGUUACAAUCACUUGACGUCUGAUUUCGGGAGGGUGGUUUAUAGUUGGGUGUCCGACGCGCACGAGUUGCCGAUAACGCAAUUGCUUGAUGUUUUCAUCAAGAAGAUGACGGAGUUGGUUUAUACGCGGAAAGCUGAGUCGAGUAAGUGGCUAACGAAGCUAACUCCGUCAAUGGAGGAGAAGCUGAAAUGUGAGAUUUCGAAAGCGGGAUCGCUUCAAGUUUUUUUGUUGCACAGUGAGAAAUACGAAGUUCACGGUCAGUCCGUUGAUGUGGUUGAUCUCGAACAUUGUGAAUGUAAUUGUAAGGGGUGGCAACUUUCGGGUUUGCCUUGUUGCCAUGCAAUUGCGGUUAUUGGAUUUCUCGGGAGGAAUUUUUACAGCUAUUGCUCGAGGUAUUUUACUGUUGAGAGUUAUUGUGUUACUUAUGGGGAAUCUGUUCAUCCGAUUCCUAUUGUGGAGAAAUCGGAACAGGGGAAACCUCCUCAUGGAGCAAUUACGGUUACUCCUCCAACUAAACGCUCGUCUCAGAAACGAUUGGAACAGAUUGUUCAAGCCAAACCUCCCGCUCGGAAGCGUAAAAGGAAGCAGUCAGCACCACUAGAGUUGAGCAAACGUCAGUUCAAGUGUAGCCGGUGCAAAGGCCUAGGCCAUAAUAAGAAAACUUGCAGUGCCUCAAACAGUGACGCCUCAUCGGAAGAAGAAACAGAAGUGCCCCUUCUCACAAGCAACGAUACAUAUUUCCCAAUAUUCGGUACUUGAAUCAUUGUCAUGCCUUCUUCUUCUUUCUUUUUAUUUUUUGACAUUUUCCAGUGUCUAUAACUGUUAGCUGACCCUUUGUGCGAUGUAAAUUUUAUCUGGUCAUGAUGUUUUCUGGUUCUUCUUCUAGUGAUAGGUUACUAGGAUAUUAGUAUUAUUGGGGAUGUUGAGAUGAUAAAAGAAUUGUGAUUUUUUACAUGGACACAUUUUCA